GAGAGAGAGAUGCCCUUACAUUGCAUUAGCCUGUUGGAAGAAUGGAAAGGAGAAGGUAUAAAAGAUGGACUGAUGUUCAAACUUGCAUCAAAUCAUUUCUCCCCAUCAAACAAUUCCAUCCCUAAGAUCACCUAAUCCCUCUCUCAAACCCCUCUUUCUCCACAAAAAUGAAGUCAUUCACCUCUGUCCUUCUUGCCAUCGUCGCCGUUGCUGCCGUUCAAGCUGCUCCAGCCGAAAAGCGUGAUAACAUUCCAAGCGGUACAAACUGUGGUGGUACAUACUACAGCAGCAGCGAUAUCUCAACAGCCAUCAACGCUGCUCAAAAUGACGUAAACAGCGGUAAUUACCCAGACAAUUACCCUCACGAAUACUACCAUUACUCUGAUGAAGAUAUCACUUUGACUUGCUCCGGAAAUGGACCUUGGUCAGAAUUCCCACUCGAACAAGGUUACGCUUACACAAGCUCACAAGACGAUUACCAAUCCCCUGGCGCUGACCGUGUCAUCUUUGACACAAAUUCAUAUGAAUACUGUGCUUCAGUAACUCACACUGGAGCAGCAUCGAGAGACGGUUUCGUUCAAUGCGAUGACAACUAAGUCAACUCACUCUAAAAGUCCAUUCUUUCUUGAUUCUCCUUGUGCAUCACGGACAUCAUUAUGCAAUAUAAUUUGU